CGAAGGUGGUGCCAUUCGGUUUGGAUCAUCCAUUCAUUGCAUCCUACAUCGACCAUUCAGUAGUACUUCAUAUCGAUACUAUCGAAUCCCUGCACGCGCUGUGGCUUUGUCCCUUGCAACGCGUACAUUCACACUCGUUUCUAUCUCGGCGGCUCCAACCGAGCGCCAUCUAUCCACUGGAUCCCCUCUUCAUUGGCGAUCCAUUCGCCGUUGAGUAUCGCCACUAGGUUCUCCUAGAAUCGGUGGUUACUCUCACAAAGGACCUCUAGGCAUUUGGAUACUGUCUCUUUGCCACCAUGGCGUCCUCAACAGUCAUGAAAGCUGUCGAUCAGUUCUUCCCCUAUCUCGCCCCACACCUUCAAAUCAUGAAUUCGACGACUGCCCAGAACACAUUAUACGGAGCAGUCGACUGGUCCCAGACGUCUUGGCUGGAGAGGAAAUGGGCAGCUUACUAUGUCUGGAUCGCAAAUCCCUUGAUCGCGACUGGUCUGCUCAGUUUCGUAUGGCACGAAAUCAUCUACUUUGGUCGAGCGUUCCCAUUCUGGGUCAUGGAUCAAAUUCCAUAUUUCAAUCAAUGGAAGAUUCAGGAGACAAAGCUGCCCUCGCAUGCCGAGUACAUGCACUGCCUCAAGACUGUCCUCGCCAUUCACUUUCUCAUCGAACUUCCGUUGAUCUUUGCCUUCCACCCAAUAUGCGAGUACUUUGGAAUGGCCACUUAUGAGAUUCCAUUCUCUCCUGUAUGGAAGAUGGCCGCUCAGAUUGCAUUCUUCUUCGUCUUUGAGGACACAUUCCACUACUGGGCACACAGGUGGCUUCACACGCCAUUCAUGUACAAGCGCGUUCACAAAAUGCACCACAAGUACCAGGUUCCGUUCGGCUUGGCUGCUGAGUAUGCUCAUCCAAUCGAAACCUUGAUUCUCUCGCAAGGGACCAUCAGUGGACCAUUUGUGUACUGCUUGUUCGCUCCCAAGCACUCUUUGCAUAUUCUGACCGUUUACGUCUGGAUUGCACUGAGGCUGGCACAGGCGAUAGAUGCGCAUAGUGGAUUCGACUUCCCCUGGUCUCUCCGCCAAUUCAUGCCAUUCUGGGCUGGUGCCGACUAUCAUGACUCUCACCACGCGGUCUUCAAAGGCAACUACGCGACCUCGUUUAGAUGGUGGGACCAGAUGAUGGGAACCGACCGAUGGUACAAGGCUCAGAGAGCCUCUGAAGCUGAGAAGAAGCUCAAAGCGCAGCAGUCCAAGUCCCAAUAGAGUGUUAGAGGCCGUUCGUGCUGUUAUAAGCCAUUGAUACAAAAAAUGAUCUCUCGUGAGACGUGUAGUUGAGGUUGACCGCAAACGAGACUAUGUAGUCCUUCAGCCCUGGGAAACACCAUGAUGUAAUGCAUGUAAUCUUCAAGUGUGGAUGUAUACAUAUCUUCACCUUCACCCAGCGUGAUGGUGACCCACUUGGUCCUCGCUUGUGCCUCGAU